UUUCUGAAAAAGAGAAGCAUUCCCCUAAUGUGGCCUGGUGGAAACUCCUCUGAAUGUCUCGAGAACCUGCGAGGACCCAGGACAUGGAUGGAGGUGGCCCUUUAGAAACUCAAACAAAGCACUUUGAAGCAAACGAAGAAAAACACUUCUCUCAGGAUCUUUCGAAGAUGGUCUGGCUGCCUUGGAGACUUGGAGAUCUGAUGCCACGAUGAGGACUCACACACGGGGGGCUCCCAGUGUGUUUUUCAUAUAUUUGUUUUGCUUUGCGUCAGCUUACAUCACUGAUGAGAACCCAGAAGUCAUGAUUCCCUUCAUCAACGCCAACUACGACAGCCACCCGAUGCUGUUCUUCUCCAGGGCAGAGGUGGCAGAGCUCCGGCUCAGGGCCGCCGGCUCGCACGAGCACAUUGCCGCCCGACUCACCGAGGCCGUGCACACCAUGCUCUCCAGCCCCUUGGAGUACCUCCCUCCCUGGGACCCCAAGGACUACAGCGCCCGCUGGAAUGAAAUUUACGGCAACAACUUGGGCGCCUUGGCAAUGUUCUGUGUGCUGUAUCCUGAGAACAUUGAAGCCCGAGACAUGGCCAAAGACUACAUGGAGAGGAUGGCAGCUCAGCCUAGUUGGCUGGUGAAAGAUGCUCCUUGGGAUGAAGUCCCGCUUGCUCACUCCCUGGUUGGUUUUGCCACUGCCUAUGACUUCUUGUACAACUAUUUGAGCAAGACCCAGCAGGAGAAGUUUCUUGAAGUGAUUGCCAAUGUCUCGGGAUAUAUGUAUGAAACUUCAUACCGGAGAGGAUGGGGAUUUCAGUACCUCCACAAUCACCAACCCACCAACUGCAUGGCCUUGCUCACGGGAAGCCUAGUCCUCAUGAAUCAAGGGUAUCUCCAGGAAGCAUACUUAUGGACCAAACAAGUGCUGAGCAUCAUGGAGAAGUCUCUGGUCCUGCUCCGAGAGGUGGCGGACGGCUCCCUCUACGAAGGAGUCGCCUAUGGCAGCUACACCACUCGAUCGCUCUUCCAGUAUAUGUUUCUCGUUCAGAGGCACUUUGGCAUCAACCACUUUGGCCACCCAUGGCUUAAACAACACUUUGCAUUCAUGUAUAGAACCAUCCUGCCAGGGUUUCAAAGAACUGUGGCUAUUGCAGACUCCAAUUACAACUGGUUUUAUGGUCCAGAAAGCCAAUUAGUGUUCCUGGAUAAAUUUGUCAUGCGUAACGGCAGUGGUAACUGGCUGGCUGAUCAAAUCAGAAGGAACCGUGUGGUGGAAGGUCCAGGGACACCAUCCAAAGGCCAGCGCUGGUGCACCCUCCACACAGAAUUUCUCUGGUAUGAUGCCAGCUUGAAAUCUGUCCCUCCUCCGGAUUUUGGCACCCCUACAUUGCAUUAUUUUGAAGACUGGGGUGUUGUGACUUAUGGGAGUGCCCUGCCUGCAGAAAUCAAUAGAUCUUUUCUUUCCUUCAAGUCAGGAAAACUUGGGGGCCGUGCAAUAUAUGACAUUGUCCACAGAAACAAAUACAAAGAUUGGAUCAAAGGAUGGAGAAAUUUUAACGCCGGGCAUGAACAUCCUGAUCAAAACUCAUUUACUUUUGCUCCCAAUGGUGUGCCUUUCAUCACUGAGGCUCUCUAUGGGCCAAAGUACACCUUCUUCAACAAUGUUUUGAUGUUUUCCCCAGCUGUGUCAAAGAGCUGCUUUUCUCCCUGGGAGGGUCAGGUCACGGAAGACUGCUCGUCGAAAUGGUCUAAGUACAAGCAUGACCUGGCUGCCAGCUGCCAGGGGAGAGUGGUUGCGGCGGUGGAGAAAAAUGGAGUGGUUUUUAUCCGAGGGGAAGGUGUGGGAGCGUAUAACCCCCGGCUUAAUCUGAGAAACGUUCAGAGGAAUCUGAUUCUCCUGCAUCCACAGCUGCUUCUCCUCGUGGACCAAAUACACCUGGGAGAGGAGAGCCCCUUGGAGACUGCAGCAAGCUUCUUCCACAAUGUGGAUGUUCCCUUCGAGGAGACAGUGGUAGACGGGGUCCACGGGGCUUUCAUCAGGCAGCGGGAUGGUCUGUACAAAAUGUACUGGAUGGACGACACUGGCUACAGUGAGAAAGCAACCUUUGCUUCAGUGACAUACCCUCGGGGCUAUCCCUACAAUGGGACAAACUAUGUGAAUGUCACCGUGCACCUCCGGAGUCCCAUCACCAGGACCGCUUACCUCUUCAUAGGGCCGUCUGUAGAUGUCCAGAGUUUCAGCAUCCACGGGGACUCCCAGCAACUGGAUGUGUUCGUCGCCACCAGCCAGCAUGCCUACGCCACUUACCUUUGGACAGGAGAGGCCACGGGACAGUCUGCCUUCGCACAGGUCAUUGCAGAUCGUCAGAAAAUUCUGUUCGACCGGAGUUCGGCCAUCAAGAGCGCCACUGUGCCUGAGGUGAAGGACUACGCUGCUAUUGUGGAACAGAACCUGCAGCAUUUUAAACCAGUGUUCCAGCUGCUGGAGAAGCAGAUCCUGUCCCGAGUCCGGAACACAGCCAGUUUUAGGAAGACUGCUGAGCGCCUGCUGAGAUUUUCAGACAAGAGACAGACGGAGGAGGCCAUCGACAGGAUUUUUGCCAUAUCUCAGCAGCAGCAGCAAAGCAAGUCCAAGAAAAACCGAAGGGUGGGCAAACGCUAUAAAUUUGUGGAUGCCGUCCCUGAUAUUUUUGCACAGAUUGAAGUCAAUGAAAAAAAGAUUCGACAGAAAGCUCAGAUUUUGGCACAGAAAGAACUGCCCAUAGAUGAAGAUGAAGAAAUGAAAGACCUCUUAGAUUUUGCAGAUGUAACGUAUGAGAAACACAAAAACGGUGGCUUGAGGAAAGGCCGGUUUGGACAGACGCGGAUGAUGAGGACAACUCACGGAAGAGCCUCAUCCGCGUCGUACACCAAGCUGUUCCUGAUCCUGAACAUCGCUAUUUUCUUUGUCAUGUUGGCAAUGCAACUGACUUACUUCCAGAGGGCCCAGAGCCUGCAUGGCCAAAGAUGUCUUUACGCAGUCCUUCUCAUAGACAGCUGUAUUUUAUUGUGGUUGUACUCUUCUUGUUCCCAGUCACAGUGUUAGUGCUAAAGCCAGGCAUUGCUUGAUUGUUGUGUGAUCACAAUAGUCUAUGCAAAAAAAAAAAUUUUUUUUAAUUGCCCUAGUUACUGGACUUUUUAUCUCAGAUUCAUUUUUAACAAAUUAAGGGAAAGAUUUUUUCAUACAAGAAAGCAGGCAUAUGGAGAAAUCAGAAUUGGAAAGGCAAAGAUGUAUCAGAGGAAGAAGAGUGAGGUGGUCCCAUGGUGUUUCUGGAAGAAUUGGGUUGGCUGAUUUAGCAGUGCAUAUAAUACUACUCUUAGAAGAAACAAGUCUGGUCUUAAGUAAUAUUUUUUCUUGAGAGAAAAAGAUUUAGACAGAUUUGGGUUUUAUUAAUAUUAAUUUAAUGCUAUUAGCAGUUUCCAGAUACAAAUUUUAUGGAAAAGACUGAAGCCCACAAUUCUGAGGAAGUCAGAAAAAUAUGUUAAAUGGUGUAAUCAUGUUGACAAAUAAGUAUUCCUAAGUCCUGGCAUGGCGGGGUUCACUUCUUUGGAGAGUAGUUCAUUGGUGAAUUGACAGCAGGACCUGCAUAUUGGAUUAGUAUUCGGACAACAUAACAAAAUGACGACAGAGGAUCAUUAGAAAAUUGAAAUAUAUUUUCAGUAGAAAACACAUACCAGUGGGUGAAUAGCUCCUUGAUGAUGUUGGUCUCUGUGCACACAUAAUGCAUCCACUGGUUGUUCCAUAAGCAAGACAAUUACAGACAACUAAAUUUUCUAUUUUCCUUAUAUGGAAAACUGUUGUAGACCCAGUGACUCAACUUCAAAAUAAAAUAUUUUAUACCCUGAACAUUGAUUUCAAUACCAAAGAAGAUGGGGAAGCUAAAAUUUGGAUAUGAUUCUUAUGUUUUUUAAUAGAAAACUUUAAGUUUAUUUUGUUAAAUAAAUAUCAUAAUUGUGAUUUAUCUAUAGUGUCUUCAUUGUUCUAUUACAUUAAAGGUGGAUGCAAUAGUUUUGAAAUCUUUGAAGAGAACUGUUAUUUGGACCAUGCGUUAAUUAAACUUAUAAAGUAGUGUUUGAAAUGAAA